AGUACGGUAGAGUUGCGCUGCAUUGUGGGACAUAAAAUAAAGAUGGUAGCGGGCAUGGAGAGCAUGUCGAGGCGACGAUAACAUAUAUUUUUGCCAUUAUAUCUUCGACAAUAAGUAUUUCCUGCUGUUGCAAAGUGAGAAUCAUCUGAUGCAGGACUGCUAUUGAGCACGGAAAUAGGUACGAGUCUCAACGUCGACCUUUACGCAACGCGUUAGCCGAAGCUAAUGCUAAAGCUAAGGGUCAACGUAGAUACAAACGACUGAAGAUGUUUGCUCUCGGAGGUUUGUUGAGAGUUGGAUCGACCUUCUUCCAGUCUGCGGGAACUCUGCUGCUCCCAGUCAGGACCAUUUCUACAGGGACUUGCUGCCAGAUCAGGAUGCAUGCUAUCCCUCAGCCUAAACAAGUGGACCGGUGGAACGAGAAGAGGACCAUGUUUGGAGUUUAUGACAACAUCGGCAUCUUAGGGGACUUCAAAGCCCAUCCUAAAGACCUCAUUAUCGCCCCCUGCUGGCUGAAAGGUUUCAGAGGUAAUGAGCUGCAGCGCUUGACUAGGAAAAAGAAGAUGGUGGGAGACAGGAUGACGACUCUGGACAGACACAACUUGGAGAAGAGGAUCAGAUUCCUCUACAAACGCUUCAACCGCACCGGAAAGCAUCGCUAACGCUGCAACGAGCCUCACGCAACAAGGACUGUCAGUGAAUUUAUCAUAUCACUGUGUUACGCUGAUCAAAUUAGAAAAUGACUUGCAGCCAUUGUGUACGUUUAGUUUCUGGACCUAAUGAAAAUUGUUCUAAAGCCUGGAAGUACACCGAAAAUACAUCAUAACAUGAUAAUUAAAAUGGGUUUUUACACUUGCAUUCAUUUUAAA